UCAGCUAAGCAACAACUCUAGACCAACUCCACCUUCUAUCUCACAACCUAUAUACUAUUUAUACACACACAUCAUCAUAAAGGUAUAUCUAAUUCCUUCAUCCAUCUUCUCCCGAUUCACUUCUCUCUCUCUUUCUCUGUCUCUAAAAUAUCAUCUACUAGUUUCAUAUACUUUUAAGUUCGUAAUUCUCAAUAUGAGUCACUACGAUCAAAACAAGCCUCAAGAAGCAUAUCCUUUUCCAUCAACUACUGCACCGGUUGAGGGGUACCCACAAGGUCCUUAUGUGGCUCCACCGCCGGCUGGUUAUCCGAUGAAAGACGGUGAAGCAAAUUCCCAGAAUCAUCAUCAUUCAGCACAAACUCAGUCCAGGGGUGAUGGCUUCUGGAAGGGAUGUUGUGCUGCCUUAUGCUGUUGCUGUCUCUUGGACGCGUGUUUCUGAGGAUUGAGAGAUUCAUUUAUAUGCUUUAAUUAUUUAAUGUAUAUCAUAACUAAAGGGAUUGUUUUGGUGUUCCCUGUACCAUUGUGGUGUUGGAUCUUAUUAUUAUUCUUUUAAUAUAUAGUGUAGUGGCGUGUUUGUUUUGUAAUGUCCAACUUAUUUGUUGAAAAGGCUGUACAGCCUUGACUUUGGCGGAUUGUUGUGUAUCAUAGUCAUUGUUGAUAUUUAUUUAUAGAGAGCUUACCUGUUGAAAA